GUGUGAGACAAAGAGAGGACGAUUUUGCGCAAUUGGAAGGUUGCUCGUAGCAUAUAAGACGAGCGACGCGCAUCCCGAGUUGCCACUAGACAACUUAUACCACACCAGUCUAUAGCUUUCAUAAAUAAAAGUAGUAAAAAGGAUUUCUUUCAUUAAUCGUCGUAUUUUAACAUACUUUACGCACCGACAUUUUUUUUAUAUAUAUAUAAAUACUUACACAUACAUACAUACAUAUUUGUGUACGACAUAAUAAUAGAAAAAAAAGAAAGUGCAUCUAUUUCGUGUGAAAUUUUUGUAAAAAAUUGGACGAAGUUAAAGUUAGACAUGUGGCUAUUACUUUCAAUCAUUACCGCUCGUGCGAUUAUCGGAAGUUCAGAUGCCGAAACCAUGGACUCGGUGCAACAAAAAUUCGCAGAUACUAAUAAGGAUGUUAAUUCGGUAGGAUUAUUUGGGAUGAAUCUCGAUGAGAGAAAAGAAUAUGAUCUUCAAAAAAGUAUAAAUAAACGGUUCGUCGAGGGAUCAAAUAUGUUGUAUGUUUUGAAAAAUAGCAAGAUUUUGCCUGCAGUCUCAUGGUUAUAUUUACCAACAAAUAAACGAAACUUACGAUCGAGCGAGUUGGAUUUUUCUGAAGAAACAAAAAAUCCCUUCUUCAGUCGGUGGGAUGGCAAACGAAUUAGUUCUUUCAGAUCAAAGAAUCAACGAUCAACUCGCAUGCCGUUUAACAGCUGGGGUGGUAAACGAGCUCACGGAUAUUCGGAUGACAAAGCAAAUUUCUUAAUUAUGAGAGGCAGCAAAUCGUUUUCUGACAAGAACGCUCAUAAGAACUUUGUCGAAUAUGCCAAAAGAUUGCCUAACUUUGGGAGAAGAACACCAUUUUAUAGUUGGGGAGGCAAGCGAAAUGAUAAUACAGGAAUUGACAUAAACAAGAACAUCAAUAAUAUUCCUGACGAAGAGAUAGAAUUUUAUUUACCAAAAGACGAUGCAAUGGAAUAUACAAUCUUGGAUGAAAAUGAAAAACGUGCUGCACAAAUGAAAACUAGUAGAUCACGAAUAGGUUUUAAUAGUUGGGGAGGAAAAAGAAAUGAUAUUAAGGAAUUUCUGUUACCUUUAAAUAAUGAAUCAUUAAAUUUCGAAAAUGUCAUUGAUAAAAACAUUAAUUCCACCGAUCAAUUAUCAGAAGAAAAACCUAUUAAUAAAAAGUCUAGAAAACAAGGUUUUAACCCUUGGGGUGGUAAAAGAAGUAUAAAUGAAGAAUUUGUGAUCAUUCCUAAUAAUUAUGAUCUUCAUGACAAUGAUCCAGCAAAAGAAAAACAGGACUUCUUUCCAUGGGAUGGAUAAGUUGAUUUAAAAUACCAAUAAAAUCAGUUAUUUGCUUCUACGAAGAAAUUGUAAAGUCGAUAAACUAAUUGAUAUUAUUUCUAUUCAAAAACUAUCUUUGCAGUUUCAUAAAAAGUAUUUAUUUUA